CACAACACCAACUCGACCCCUCGAACCCGAAAUGGCUCGAAGAGUGAUGGAGAUUGGCCUGGCCCUGGCCCUUGUGUCGAUGCUAUUCGCCCAUGUCUCAGCCCAAUCAGGCUGCACCACGGUGAUCCUGAGCCUUGCACCUUGCCUGAACUACAUCACUGGCAACUCUUCAACCCCAUCUUCUUCGUGCUGCUCGCAGUUAGCCAGCGUCGUGCAGUCCCAACCUCGGUGCCUCUGCACGCUGCUCAACGGUGGUGCAUCGUCGCUCGGCAUCACCAUCAAUCAGACCCUGGCCCUGGCCCUCCCUGGGGCCUGCAAGGUCCAAACACCACCUGUUAGCCAAUGCAAUGCUGUGGCUGGGGGACCGGCAGCUUCACCACCUAAAGCAUCGAGCACUCCGGCAACUCCAUCAACCCCGCCGGCAAACCCUUCUCCAGAGACCCCAUCGACGCCAUCGGUUCCGAGCAGCACUCCUGCCACCGCAUCGACACCGUCAGAAAGUGGUUCGAAGACUGUCCCAUCAGCCACCGGUGAAUCUUCCCAUGGAAGUUCCAACAAAUCAAGUCGCUCUCUUUUGAUCUCCUUCCUCUUGCUUGCUGCAUAUGUCUCACUUUUCAGCCUUUAAGUACUCCAAUUGAUAGUGUGGAUCGUGUGUGAUCCUGUAUUCUUUCUCCUUAUGCUUGCUCUGUAUUUGAGUUUGGGAUACUGUACCAGCUUCUUAGAUGAUACGAAUAAAUUCUUAUUGGUUUUGAGCGUAAA